AUGGUUACUGUCAGGCGUCCUGCUCGCACCAACGGUAGAAAAAAGGGGGAUAUCGUGUGUCUCCCGCCACCAAACACAGCGCUCCCAGCACGCAGGCUAGAGGGGCAGGUAAGCUGGGGGCCCAGAGAAACGAGGGACAGGGCAGGUGAGGCUGGACUAGGGGGAUGAUAAGGGAAACCAGCAACUAUCGGGGUGCUAAUAGGGGAGGGGGCGGUGCUGUAUUAUAAGUGGGGGUCGGAUGGGUAAGCAGUCAGGUCAUCAGUAAACAGACCGCUCAGGCUGAGCACAUAUUGAUAUACCCCGGUUUCUAUAAUGGAUUAAAUGCAGCACCUGUAACUAUGUCUGUAUGGAUGGGAUGGGAUGGGAGGGGUCAGAGUGUGUAACAAUGUGUUUUUUUCCACCUGGUAGCAUUAGAUAACAUAAUAAUAAUAAUAUCCACUUGUUUGGGGUUUUAGGUGCUAACUCUGUUAUUAAUCUGGAUGCCAUAAAGCUUUUGUUUUAGUGGAUACUUAUUGACACCCUUGGUGGGUAUGGCUCCCUUUUGUUAAUGGAAUGGAAUACUGGCCUCAAUAAACCAUUAAAAUCAUAAUACUGGUAGUUUGCAGGUAUCAAAUGAUAAGGACCUAUGGAGACCUUUUUAAAUAUAUAUGGUCAUCUUAAAGGGAUGCUGUAGGCACCCAGAUCACUUCAGCUCAUUGAAGUGGUCUGUGUGCAGUGUCCCCAUUGCACUAAGUCUGCCUCCAGUGGCUGUCUCCCAGAGGGGCUUCCUGGAUUGAAACAGACCUUUGGUAUCUGACACUAGAUUUCCUCACGCUCUGCAUUUGGACAUCCAGUGUCACAUUUUUCUCCAUAGGAAAGCAUUGAUUCAAUGCUUUCCAACAGGCAGGUCUAAUGCGUGCGUGGUGUUUGCUACGCAUGCACAUUAGCGCCCGCUUGUCCAGGGGCAGAGCGUCGAUGCAGCACUGAGGGACAUCGGGCUGGGAUCAGGUAAGUAAAUAAAGGGUUUUUAACCUUUUAUUCACCUGGGUAGGGGUGCGAGGGAGGCAGGGGGAACUAUAGUGCCAGGAAUACAGCUUUGUAUUCCUAGCACUUAUAGUAUCCCUUUAACCAAUUCAACAUCUAUGGCAAACAAGGAAUUUCAACAGUGUUUAUAUAUUUAAAAAAAAAAAAAAAAAAAGGCAAAUAAGCUUCAGCACUCCAGAUGUUGUGGGCUACAUAUCCUUUAAUGCUCUUACAGCCAUAAUGCUAGCAAAGCAUCAGGGGAGAUGCAGACAACCACAUCUGGAGUGCUGAAGUUCCUAUAUUAUUUGGAGAGCUACAGAAACGUCUAAAUAUGUGUGCAUGCAUACAACACAAAAUAACAAUACAGUUUUCAUACAGAGCAAAUGUACAGCUCAUCACUAUACAGAUCAGCCACAACGUUAAAGGAGCACUAUAAGGUCAGGAACAUAAACAUGUAUUCCUGACCAUAUAGGGUUAAAACCACCAUCUAGCCACCCUGGUCCCCACAUGCCUCCCUAAAUAUAUAAAAUCUUACUUGCAUUAAAGUCUGCAGCAACUUACUUUGUCACUGUUUCCUUUAAACCUGCCCACUGCCUGCUUACAUCAGCAGAUGUGGUAGCCUGAUCCAAUCACAAUGCUUCCCCAUAGGAUUGAUUGAGACUGACAAGGAGGCAGAUCAGGGGCAGAGCCAGCAUGAUUCAAACACAGCCCUGGCCAAUCAGCGUCUCCUCAUAUAGAUGAAUUGAAUCAAUGUAUCUCUAUGAGGAAAGUUCAGGGUCUGCAUGCAGAGGGAGGAGACACUGAAUGUUUGGAUGCAUUUUAUGCAGCCAUGACCCAGGAAGGAUCUCUAACAGCUAUCUGAGGAGUGGCCAGUGAAGUUAUCACUAGGCUGUAAUGUAAUCACUGCAUGUUCUCUGAAAAGACAGUGUUUAAAGCAAAAAGCCUGAAGGUAAUGAUUCUACUCACCAGAACAAAUUCAAUAAGCUGUAGUUGUUCUGGUGACUAUAGUGUCCCUUUAAAUACACUGAGGGUAAAGUGAAUAACAUGGAUUAUAUUGUUACAAUCGCACCUGUCAUGGGGUGGGAUAUAUUACAUAGUUACAUAGCUAAAAAGACCAAGUUCAGUCUAUCUCACAUUUCUAUCAGGCAGCAAGUGAAUAGUCAGUAUUUGAAUUUCAUGUGUUUGAAGCAGGAAAAAUGGGCAAGUGAAAUAUCUGAGUGGCUUUGACAAAGGCCAAAUAGUGAUGGCUAAACAUCUGGGUCAGAGCAUCUCUAAAACGGCAAGUCUUGUGGGCAGGGCUGCCAUCAGACAUUUUGGGGCCCCUGAUACAGCUCAAGGUCUGGGCCUCCCAGUGCCUGCACCCGAGUUCGCCCAAAGUGCUGCCCCCUCCCCCCCCCGAGUCCGCCCACAGGGAUGCAGUGUCUGUACUGAUUCUGGUGUGUGUAUAGUGGAUGUAGAAUGUGUGUAGUGGAUGCAGAGUUUGUGUUUAACGGAUGCAGUGUGUAUAGUGGAUGCAGAUUGUACAUUUGUGUAAUGUAUGAGGUGUAUAUUAGAUGCGGAGUGUAUGUUUGUGUAGUGGAUGUAGUGCGUGUUUAUAGUGAAUGCAGAGUGUGUGUGUUUGUGUAGUGGAUGUAGUGUUUGUGUGUAUUAAAUGCGAUGUGUAUGUGUGGUGGAUGUAGUGUGUGUGUGUGUGUGUGUGUAAGUAUUUAAUGUGUGUAUAGUGACUGCAGACUGUGUGUUUGUGUAGUGUGUGUAGUGACUGCAAAGUGUGUGUGUUUGUGUUAGGAAGUAGUGUGUGUAGUGACUGCAUAGUGUGUGUUUGUGUAAGGAUGUAGUGUGUGUAAAUUUUAGUGAAUAGUGUAUAGUUUGUAUAAAUGUUGGUGAAUUGUGUGUGUGUAAAUGUUAGUGUAUAGUUUGUGUAAAUGUUAGUGUAUAGUGUGUGUAAAUGUCAGUGUAUAGUGUGUGUAAAUGUAUGGGGCUGCAAAAUGUAGGGGGAAAAGCCUACAGUAUUUUUUUUCCCUUCCAUUAAUGGUCUUGUUUUAUUCUCCCCUCCCUCAAUCUCACCUGUGGCCAUGGAGGGGGGAGAUCACAUUACCUGGAGCCAGAGGUCCUGAGGCAUGGUGCAGCUCUCGCGAGCCGUGCGGAGCGUUGCCAUGGUUACCCGUGGCAACGCUCUGCCGCUCGCGCCGCUCGCGAGACUUCGGCAGAGCAUCUGGGCUGUAUAUUUCAAGUGUGCUGGGCCCCCUGCAGAAUACAGGGGCCCGCUAUAGCGUUAAUCGCUAUAUAUGUGUGCACAUAACUAAUGUGGGGCCUGGGACAACCUGAGCAAUUCGGGCCCCCCAGGACCACCGGGCCCAUGACAACCGUUAUGGUUGUAAUGCCCUGAUGGCGGCCCUGCUUGUGGGAUGUUCCCGGUAUGCAGUGGAUAGUACCUACCAAAGUGGUGCAAGUAAGGACAACUAGUGAACUGGCGACAGGGUCAUGAGCGUCCAAGCCUCAUUGAUGCACGUGGGGAGCGAAAGAAGAGCCCAUCUAGUCCUUUUGCACAGAAGAGCCACUGUAGCUCAAAUUGCUAAAAAAAUGUAAUGCUGGCCAUAAUAGAAAGGUGUCAGAAACGCAGUGUGGGGCUGUGUAACUACAGAAUGCACAUUAUGACCCUGUCCACAUCUUCAAUGAGAAGAAGGUUGCCAAUGGAUAAAUCAUAUUUUCUGUUAGAUCAGGUGGAUGGCCAGGUGCAUGUGUGCCGUUUACCUGGGGAAGAGAUGACAGCAGAUUGCAUUAUGGGAAUAAGUCAGGCCGGUGGAAGCAGUGAUAUGCUAUGGGCAAUGUUCUACUAUGGAUGUCACUUUGAUAUGUACCACCUACCUAGAGGUUGUUGCAGUCCGCGUAUCCCGCUUCAUGGCAAUAUGACGGUGGCCUCUUUCAGCAGGAUAAUGCAUCCUGCCACACUGCAAAGAUUGUUCAGGAAUGGUUUGAGGAACAUGACAGUUCACGGUGUUGUCUUGGUCUUUAAAAUCCAAUUAAGCAUCUAUGGGAUGUGCUGGAGCAAAAAAUCUGAUCCAUGGAGGCCCCAACUUGCAACUAAUGUCUUGGUACCAGAUACCAUAGGAGAUGUUUAGACGUCUUGUGGAGUCCAUGCAUAUUAGUCAGAUGGUUUUAAAAUUGUGGCUGAUCAGUGUAUGUCAAAAUACCCCAGUUUGGUGGAUCCUAACCCAAUUAUAUAGAUUUUAUAGGAGAGCAAUGUGCAGUUUCUCCAUUUGUGCUAUUCAUAAUAAGUCUUCUAUAACUUAAAUUGCAUGGCUGUAGUGCAUUUGCCAUUUUUUAUAUGUAAGCCAAAACAGGUUGUAAAAGGUAAGCAUGGAAAGGACAAAACCUUGGUACCUUGCCUUUCAGUUAGUAUCUGCUGCGGCCUCUAGCACAUUUUAUAACCCUUUAACAAGGACAGUCUAGACCCGAAAUGCCAAUAGAUCCCUUCUGCACUUUAGGUGAAGCAACCUUUGCCAUUCAUCUUGAACUUCUUUUGGGCUUUGUUAGUGAGCCUCCUAUUCACAAUGAACAAGGUCUCCACAUCUGGAUUACUCUAUUACAUUCGGGAAAUUCUUGUCAUAUGCAAAGCCAAACCCCCCCCCAAAAAACGUUAUUGGCAAUUAAUGCUCUCUUUUACAUCUAGCAAUUAUGACCAUAUAUGUGUGCCAGUAGUAACUGUUUAUAUCAGGGCUAGACAAAUCCCCGGUGCCGGGUCGCCAUGGCGACUAGAAAUUUUGCCCUGGCGUCUGAGAAAUGCCAGCUCUUAAUGUUGCCGAGGUAGUUUUGAAGGCGGCCAGCCGGCAGCCUUUAGCCACCCGCCCUGGGGAGGAUGGAGAUGGCCAGCUCGGAGCAUGAAGGCGGCAGCCCUGGGGAUUAGGGAGUCAGCAGGCAGAGGCAGCACGCGAUGGAGCAGUAAUAUUCCUGCAGCUCUUCUCUGCUCCCUAGCACUGUGUAAUAAUGCCGGGAGCCAGAAUAUGACUCAACUCUCCCAAAGGCAGGGAGUGGGUUUCAAUUAAAACAAAAUGUGAAUGUGUGUGUGAGCCUGUCAGAGUGGGCAUGCAUGUAUGUACAAGUCUAUCAGAGUUUGUGUGUGCGAGCCUGUGAGUGUGUAUGUGUGUGAUCCUGUCCGAGUUUGUGCGCGUGUCAGUGUGUGUGUGUGUGUGCAUUUAGGUACCUGCCCCCUCAGAUCGCAUGAGGAAGAUGUUUUUACUCACCUUUUUUUCCCCACAUCGUGCCUGUUUCACCAUGGCUGGUCCCACCUCCAUGACUGAGUAUAUCAAUCUUUAUGAUUUCAGCUAAGCCAAUGCUUUCCCUUAGGAAAGCAUUGGGAGGAUUUUGUGCAAGCACAGCAAAUGUGCCAAUCUGCAUCUCCUCAUAGAGAUGCAUUAAAUUAAUCAAUCUCUAUGAGGAACUUUCAGCGCCUCCAUGCAGAGCUUGGAGACACGAAACAUGGGUGCUGCACGUGGUGCAGCAGUGAACCAGGACUCACUAGUGGCCAUCUGAGUGACUGUCACUAGAGGUGUUACUAAGCAGCAAUGUAAACACUACCUUUUCGCUGAAAAGGUAGUGUUUACACUGAAAAGCCUGCAGGGACAGGCUCUAGACACCAGAACAACUACAUCAAACUGUGACUAUAGUGUUCCUUUAAGAAUUGAAGUGUAUGUGUAUCUGCAUGCACUGGCGUGCACACCGAAGUUGCAGGGGUUGCAGCCCUGCGACCAGGGGCCCACCGCCAUCUGUAGCGGCCCCGGCUGCUCAGAGUAAGCGCCGGGGUCCCAUGGAUCAAUUUUCGCACCGGCCCCCAUGGAUCGUGUGUGUACACCACUGACUAUGAUGUGUCUGUAAAUAUUUUACUUUUCAUACUUUCUUACAACAUAUACAGCUAGUUAUUAGCAAAUCUUCUUAAUCAGUUGGAGACUUCCAUUCUUUCAGAGAUCCAUCAUUGGACGUGCUGACAUUUCCCCCCCCCCCCCUUUUUUUGUCCCCCAGGUGAUCCUAAGAUGAUGGCGGGCAAAAAUCUUCAGACAUUAAGGUCAGUCAAAGUAAACCAGUGUAAAAAAAAAAUAUUUAGUGAUUUAUUGUUCAUUGUAUUCCCGAAAUUCUAAACAAUAGUAUAACUAUCUUUACAAUAAACACUGCAUUGUAAUACACUAAAAACGGAAUUGCAAAACAGAAGGCAAAGUAACUGCUUUGGAAAAAAAUCUCCAUCUAUAGAUGCAGCGUUUCAAUUUUAACUUGAUUAUUGCAAUCCAGUAUUGAAUUCCCCACAAUUGACUGUUUAGUGGACAUCCAUGGCUGGAUCUAAUACUCAUUAAAACACUUUUUCCAAUAUCCGAUUUGUCACAGGAACAGCAAAGCUACAGGUUAUUUGUGAAUCCUGAUGGCCAUAUUUAAUAAGAAGGGAAAGUGAGAUAUUAUUCAAAAUGUCCUUGUGAAUCUUAUAUUUAUUAAAUAGGAAAGCAGCUUCUGAGUUAGCCUGUUGUAUAUUUAUUAACCCCUUUAGGACGGAGUCAAUAGCACACGUUGUGAUCAAAACAAAAUGUAAACAAAAACUGGAAUUUGCGCUAUAUGUCUGUUCAACCGUAAUUCACCUCUUUCAUAUUAAGUGCACCCACACUUAUUAUACAUCAGUUUGUUAAGGAGAAACGGGGCUUUAAUUUCUCAUGAACUAUUCAUAUAUGAAACAUAACUUAUUAUGAAUAAAAUAGAAAAAACUGUGAGAAAUUAAGAUUUAAAAAAUAAAAUUGUAUUUCUGCCUGACAUUUUAGCUGUAAAUGUCAUUAUACUGUUUGCUUUUACUCUCUAACUUUCCAAAACACCAUAAAACCUGUACAUAGGGGGUACUGUUGUACUUGGGAGACUUCACUGAACACAAAUAUAAGUGUUUCAAAACAGUAAAACCUAUUACAACAAUAAUAUCGUCAGUAAAAGUGCAGUUCGUGGAUGAAAAAUGCAAAAAACUUAACUUUUACUGAAAAUAUCAUCGUUGUAAUAAAAUUUAUCAUUUUGAAACACUAAUAUUUGUGUUCAGCGAAGUCUUCUGAGUAAAACAGUACCCACCGUGUACAGGUUUUAUGGUGUCUUGGAAAGUUACAGGGUUAAAUAUAGUGCUUGCAAAUUAAAUUCUCUGCACUUUCUGCCUGGAUUGUCAGGCAUGUCAAUCAAAUUUUAAUUAAUAAAAUCACAUAAUUAUGCUAAAAGAUUACUUAAAUAUACACGUAGAAUUUUAAUAUAUACACAUAUUUAUGUAUUUAAAUUCUACGUGUAUACUUAUGUAAUCAUUUAUGUAAUAUAUAUAGACUGUCAUUCUAAGUGUAUUUUGUUACAUAUAUAUUAAUAACAAAAUACUGUUAGAAUGAAAUGACAUAUGUAUAUAUAAUUUAUUUAAAUUUUUUAAAUAUUUUAUUUUAAUUUAUUCUUGUAAUUAUACGUGUAUAUAUAAAUAUAAAAUAUAUGUGUUAUAUAUAUAUAAUGUGUAACGUGAGUCUAAGUGUAUUUUAAUACUAAUAUAUGUACUUAUAUUUAUAUUAAAAUACAUUACGUAUGAUGUUACAUAUAUAACAGGUGUGUGUAUGUGUGUGUGUGUGUGUGUGUGUAUAUAUAUAUAUAUAUAUAUAUAUAUAUAUAUAUAUAUAUAUAUAUAUAUACACUUUUAAUUGAUUUUAAAACAUGGUUAAUAUUUUGGUAUUAUUCUUCCCACCAGCAGGGGAACUGUCUGACAUUUCAGACAGUCCCCCUGCUGGCAGAUCCACAGCUGGCUAUAGGGGGCCAUGUGAUCGCUCUUUGAGAGUGAUCACAUGGCCCCCGGGGGCCUGAUUUGGCAUGGGAGGGCUGCCUUGGCUGUCAGGAAGUCCUCCUGAAGCGGAGCGCCGGGAAGGUAAGUAUCCCAGCGGCUCCAGGGCUCAAAGCCGUUACGGCGUUCUAUGCCGCCGCAACGGCUUUAAAGCCCAUUUAAUGCGGGACGGCAUAGAACGCCGUAACGACGUUAAGAGGUUAAAGGAUCACUAUAGGGUCAGGAACACAAACCUGUAUUCCUGACCCUAUAGUGUUAACACCACCAUCUAGCCCCCGUGGGCCCCUCAUGCCUCCAUAAAUAUUGUAAAAAUCUUACUGUAUUCAAGCCUGAAGCUGUAAAUCUGCAUGCUGUUAGACUCAGAAAAACAAGCAGUCUGCUGACAUGUGGUAGCCUAAUACAAUCACAGUGCUUCCCAUAGGAUUGGCUGAGACUGACAAAGAGACAGAUCAGUGGCAGAGCCAGCAUGAUUCAAACACAGCCCUGACCAAUCAGCAUCUCCUCAUAGAGAUGAAUUGAAUCAAUGAAUCUCUAUGAGAAAAGUUCAGUGUCUGCAUGCAGAGGGAGGAGAUACUGAAUCACAGGAUGCUGUGCACAGUGCUGCCCUGUGCUCUGUUGACAGCAGAUCUGAGUGGAUGGAGGCAUAUUGUGCCUCCAUCAACUCCGAAGUCCCUUUGGUUCACUCUGAGUGACUGCAACUGGAGGUGUUUCUAGCUUUCAAUGUAAACACUGUAUUUUCUAAGAAAAUACAGUGUUUACAUGAGAAAGGCUGCAGGGAGCUAUAAUUCUCACCUGAACAACCUCAUUAAGCUGAAGUUGUUUAGGUGACUAUGGUGUCCCUUUUAAGAACAUGAGAUAAUUUUAAUUAAUAUUUUUACACUUUCUUGUAGCAUAUAAAAAAUGUACCAGUGGUCACAAAGAAGACAAUGACAUGUUGUUUUAUGUACACACAUACACACCAGAUUAUGUAUAUCCCAUAUGCUCAUAAAAAAAAUCAUAAUUUUGCCUCUAUUUUUAAAGUAAAGUUAUUAUGUAGUAUGACUGGCUGUGGGUUCAGCUUUUCCACGUCAUCACACAUUACUCUGUCUGUUCAUGUUUUUUUUGUUUGUUUUUUUUUUUUUUUUACUGGAAAGAGAAUAUCUUACAAUUGGACUUGCAGAUGGUAUGGGAAAUUGUACCCAAGUGUAGGUGUCAUGCUAUAUGAGCAAGGCCUAUCAGUACUGACCUCCACAGUUUAUUCCACAGCAACCUGAACUCUUCAACUACCAAUCUGACCAAGAAUGAAAAUGAUCCAUGUCACUAUGACACAAAUGUAUCUUCACAUUCAGAUUUCUUGAAUGUGUGCUGGCAGUAAGAGUAAAUACAAUUCCAUAAUAUUCCAUGCUGGGAAAUGUCUGAUGAAAUAUACUUGCCUAAAAAUGUCACUAACCAAUACAUAUUUUGACUGAUUUCCACAGGGAUCAGCUAGAAGGACAAACAAGAGAUAUCCAAAACCUACAAAAGGAAGUAGAACAAGCCACACAGCAUGCACUAAGUUCUUUACCAUCAUCUUAUCAUGGUCACCACCCGAUACCAACUGCCUCUCAUCAGUUCUCCUUAAUGCCAGGUACUUGAUUUUUAUUUCUCAAUGUGAUUUUAUUACUUUUUAUUUUUGCAGCCUCUCUAGCACACUACACAAAGAAAAUGACAGAGAAACGCAUUUUCUCUUUGCUUUUACAAAUGUGAAAGUGUAAAAGACGAGUUAAACUCCCAGCGGCCAAGCACUUAUUUCUUUUUUCUUUCUUUUUUUUCAUCUGACUUGUAAACUAAGGUCAUUAAGUACAUUUAAUAUAUAACAAUUUUCACAGAUAUGUUAUACUUUUUUAUUAUUUGCUCUAAUACGUCCUUACAUUUAUGCUAUUCUUUUUGUUGCUUUUUUAACAGAAAACGUUACAAGGACAGUCGUGGACAACAGUGCAAUUGUUCCAUUACAUUAUCACCAUCACCAAGUAUUACAACGCUCCUUCUCUGCUGAUCUGCCAAGUUCCUGCAAUAAAAGCUGCCUCAUGCCACAAUACAACCCACUAGAAAGUGACCUGGGUGGAAGUGAUUUCAAAGUAAAGACACCUCUUUGGAAGUCAAUGAAAGAGUACAUAAUCAAAGAUCUACCAGAACAAUCUUAUCAGGUCUGCAUUUUUUUUUUUAAUGAAAUGUGGGUGUUUCAGUGCAUUUGAUUAUUUAUUUUUGCAGCACAUUAUUGUUUCCAAAGAAUUGGUAGACUCUCCUACUUAUUUGUAUAGCCCACUGGUUCCUGCCCCAUGUUCUAGAACCCAACUUUUAAAAAAAAACCUGAUGUCUUUAGAGAAAAAUUGCUCUCCAAUAGAUAACAGAAUAUACAUGUAGUCAAUAAUAAUUACCUUGGUAAAAUACAAAUAUUUUAUAUUUAAUAAAAUAUCGCUUUCAGAAUUUAAGUAUGUGUAUUAGAUCAUGGGUUCUUUUGUAUAGAAACAUAGAAUGUGACGACAGAUAAGAACUAUAUUUGACCCAUCUAGAAUGCCCAAUAUUCUAAAUACUUUCAUUAGUCCCUGGCCUUAUCUUAUAGCUAGGAUACCCUUAUAUCUAUCCCACGCAUGCUUAAACUCCUUCACUGUGUUACCCUCUACCACUUCAGCUGGAAGGCUGUGUUACCCUCUACCACUUCAGCUGGGGGGGGUUUGCCUUGACGUUAGCAGAUGGGCUUAUCCUCUCAUGGCCAUUGGAGGUAACUAAAAUAACUCCAUUUGUUUAAAAAUACAUAGCGAUUAAGGAGAGAGCGCAGGUAACUUGGUUUUUACUAUUCCAUGCAUGCAUUCCAUGCAGUAAAGUAAUACUCCCUAAAAUUAUUUUUAAACAUGUGCCCCUAAUUUAAGACCAUGUACUCUUGUUGUGGAAGUUUUUCUUCUUUCAAAUAUAGAUAUCUAUUAUGAUCUAUGCAUGAUUGUGCUAAACAUCCUAAUUCUUGUUUAAGCCAUUUUUUAAAUCUAGAGAAUUACCAUUAUGAACCGAACAAGCACAUCAACUGAUAUGCGGGGUGGCCCAAAAAUAGGUGUACUGUCGAGCUAAUGAAAUUCAUCACAACAGAUUAUAUGGGUACACGUACAUACAACAAAGUGCCAGUUAAAUUCCAGGCAUAUAAAUAUAUUUUUUUUUAAAGUGUAGCAGUUGGAAAGGGAUGUUGAUGAGGAAUGUUGCAAUGUUGAUGGAAGACAUUUCUAGCACUUAUGUGCUUAAAUAGUAUUAAACAAAUAUAUAAAUGUAAUAAACAAUGUAAUAAAACCAGGGCCACCUUGUAUGUUAUAAUACAAUAGAAAACACCCUUAACAAUCACAGGUGGAAAGACAUAAAGUGAGGAGGUGAAACACAACACACUUCACCUAUACAAAUUUAUACCUCACUCUGUAGAAUCAGAACAAAAAGGACUCCUUCCAGUCCUCUCAAAACAUAUAUAGGUUCUACAGUAGGAAGAAAAAACAAACAUCAUAGUGUACUAUGUUAGAUAAAUAUUGAUAGUGGUGUUCAAAGUUGCACUCACAAUAAAAAGGUUGAUUGAAGGCACAUCAAUAUUUAGGUUGACUAGCGAUCUGAAGAAUUUAUUGAGUAUAACAGAUUAAAACAAAACCAAAAUGGGUUGGGAUUUUAUAGGAGAGUAUUUUGAUUUUGUUUUUAUUUAUGUUUUGUUUUAAUCUGUUAUACUCAAUAAAUUCUUCAAGUCAAUAGGAUUUUUUGCUUAUUUGUACUUGAAUACUCUGGCGGACUCUCUCCGAAUUCCUGGGCACCUGUGAUAUGAUAUGCUCAUACACCUCUGCAAUUCUGUAAGUGUUCCCUUAUCUAGUGCUUCACCAGGUGAAUAACAGUCUGCAUUUAUUACUGCAUUUCUUUCUCUCCUAUAUGCCCUUAUAUGUGGGGAAGAUCGCUAGUCAACCUAAAUAUUGAUAUGCCUUCAAUCAACCUUUUUAUUGUGAGUGCAACUUUGAACACCACUAUCAAUAUCUAUCUAAGAUAGUACACUAUGAUGUUUGUUUUUUCUUCCUACUGUAGAACCUAUAUCCCACCUUGUAUGUUCCAUAUAACUAAGUAUGCUAAUGUUUUAUCUGUCCCUUAGAGCAGGAACAUGACUGGGUUUCAAAACCAGCAGGAAAUAAAGAUCACAGAAGAACUGAAUGUGAGAAUUCAAAGUUUAGAGAUGGAACGAGAUGCCGUGCUUUUCAAGAGGUAAAAACUAUUGCAUCGGUUAAGAUGUUUUGUUCAAUAUAAAUUGACAUUGCAUAUAAAGAUGUGAUUAGGAAUAGAUGUUAUGAUUUGCACAAAUGAGGAUUGCAUGUCAUGAUACCUUACAUUCUGAAUUUUUGAAAAUCAAUUAAGAUCACUUCUCUAGUUGCUAAAAUCUGUCUUUUUGCUUACGUCGUCCUGCUGACACCAUCCUUAUUACCCCAUCUUUACUUUCCUCUUUAGUCAACAUCUCACAUGUGUCCUCCUUUUCUCUGCCUACUCUUUCUAAAGCCUCCAAACAUCAGCACUUACCCCAUACCUUUAAAUCUUACUCCUAUAUUCUUCUUCUUUCCAUCCUUCUGUGCUUGGUAGCUGGAGAUGUCUCCAAAACCCCUUGUUCCUCCUCUCAUAAUUUCUUACACCCAUCCCAUGUACCUCUCCCGCUAUGUCCUCUUUUCACAGUGCCCCGUGGAAUUCACGCUCUGUGUGCAACAUCACACAAUCAAUUGCUUUAUUCAUCUCACAUGCCCUAAACAUACUGGUACUAACUGUAUCUUGGCUCUCUCCCUGUGAUACUGCACCCUCUACCUGUUUAUCCUUUGUUCUUCUUCAAUUCAAUAAACUGAUGGUAAAGGUAAAGGAGUACUGUUUCUGUUUCCACAUCCUGCUCCUUCAAACUACUUUUCACUCCACAUCUCAUGUUGCAGUUCGUUAAUGUUCCCCUCUCUUCUUCCUAGCAUAUUGUGUUGCUUGGCUUCCUGACUUUAAAGGAUCACUAUAGGGUCAGGAACACAAACAUGUAUUCCUGACCCUAUAGUGUUAAUACCACCAUCUAGCCCCCCUGGGCCCCUCAUGCCUCCAUAAAUAUAGUAAAACUCUUACUGUAUUCAAGCCUGAAGCUGUAACUCUGCAUGCUGUUAGACUCUGCUGACAUCAUUAGAAGUGGUGGCCUGAUCCAAUCACAAUGCUUCCCCAUUGGAUUGGCAGAGACUAACAAAGAGGCAGAUCAGGGGCAGAGCCAGCAUGAUUCAAACACAGCCCUGGCCAAUCAGCAUCUCCUCAUAGAGAUGAAUUGAAUCAAUGAAUCUCUAUGAGGAAAGUUCAGUGUCUGCAUGCAGUGGGAGGAGACAUUGAAUGUUUGGAUGGAUUUUAGACAGCCAUGACCCAGGAAGGAUCUCUAACAGCUAUCUGAGGAGUGGCCAGUGAAGUUAUCACUAGGCUGUAAUGUAAACACUGCAUUUUUUUUUGAAAAGACAGUGUUUACAGAAAAAAGCCUGAAGGGAAUGAUUCUACUCACCAGAACAAAUUCAAUAAGCUGUAGUUGUUCUGGUGACUAUAGUGUCCCUUUGAUCUAAUUUUCCACCCCUAAUUCUUGGGGACUUCAACGUCCCUAAAGGCUACAUCUCCCAUACGUGUUACUGGCAAAUUCACUGGCAAAUUCACUGACCUAUUUUCAGAUGAAAGCUCAGUCUUGCAUCGCUCUAGCACUCUAUUUCUUCUUUCAGGCCACCAGCUCUUGUAUUUUGUUCUUAAUAUCCCCCUCACCCAACAUCCUCAGCCUAACCCUUCUCAACAUAGAAGAAACCUUAAAGGGACACUAUAGGCACCUCAGGACACUUCAUCUCACUGUAAUAUUCUGGAUAUAGGUCCCCUUAGCCCUGCAGUGUAAAACAUUAAAAUUUCAGAGAAGCUACAAUGUUUAUAUUGAAGGUUUAAGACGGUCUUUAGUGGCUGUCUACAAGAUAAGUGUUAAAGUUUGUUUUAAGACAGAAUAGAAGGAUGUAAAAAUGGUGUUAGAAAUUACAGUCAAGUGGGCAGGAUGUGAGAAUAGAAUCACAGAAAUUCCUGCCUUAUGAUUGGACCAAAGUAGAUUAUGGUGGCAUUGUGUGUGUGUGGAGAGGCACGAGGUAAGAUUAUUGCUAUUGUGUUACAAAAUUAAACAGACUGGCAAUCUUUGUAAAUUUCAAGUUCCACCUUAUUGUGGUCUUUCACAAUUUUAUAGGGUCAAAACAUUGUUAUAUGAGAGCACAGUAAAGGGAACUUGACAUUUACAGGGAGUGCACAUCCAUUUGUUUAUUUUGUUCUAUAAAGUGUGCUGGCUGUUGACAUGACCGUAGGUCUGUUUACACCCUUUUGAAAACUAGCGCAUUGAGGGUGCUAUUGUUUGCCAGGAUUUGAGGUGCUAUGCAAGGUUUUGGGCUGGAAGAUAGUGAUUAGGCAGUGGUCUGGGAUGCUGAGGAGAAAAAUAAAAAUGGAGAGCGAUUUGGAGUUUUAAGCUAGAGAGGAUAUAAAGAGUAUGGAAUAAAGCAUCCAUACAUCACAAAGGAAGGAAUGAGCAACUCCACAUGCGCCUGUAUUGCACAUUGAAUACAUAUACCAAGGGUGCAUGAGAGCAUUAAGUGGGUCAUAAGGCAAUAUUCUCUCACACCAAAAAGUGCUGCAGAGCUAAAUCUGUUUUAUAUCUACCCCACCUCUCUCCCCACCUUGCAAACAUUUAAGUAGAAUUUAUUGGAGUAAGAGCUUAAGGAGUUUUUAAAUUCUGUAUAGGAAUUAUCAAUGAAACCACAUGCUCUUUUGCUUGUGUGCUGUUACAUUAAAUCAUACUCCUACCUUUUCAUACUUUCCUGUAUUGCAACCUUCCUCAUCCAUGUGUCUUAUGUCUCCAAGUGAGAUCUUGUCUAUACAUAUCUGUAAAUCCAGACAGUGUCCAUACAGUGUUACUGAACAAUUUAUUUCAGCAUUUUUACAUUGUGUAAAAUAUUUUUUCUCAUAUUUUUUUGUGAUCCCAGUUUUCAAGAGUCAAAGGCUCUGGAAGACAGAAAUAACCAACUUCAUGAAACCAUUCAGGAGCUACAAAAAGCCAGCCACCUGCAGAAUGAGAUGUUAAAAAAGUCAAAUGUUUGCAAUGCACUUCUAAGAGAGACAAUCCAGGAGCAUGUUGAGGUUCUUCAGGAAAUUGGGCAAGUCCUCUUGAGUUAUGAAGAGCGGUCAGGAAAGCAUGUGUUUGAACAAGGUUGUGCUCCUAGCCAUCACAUUAGCAGUUUAGCCACAACUGUGAAAAAAGUACUACACGAACUUGAGACUGAGGUAUAUUCUUAAAAAUGAAUAAAAUUGUUCUGUGUGUCCAUAUAUGUUUUUGGUUUGUAAUUUCACUGCUUUUUAAUCUGUCGCUCUCAUGCUUUCUUAGCAAUAUGUGGUGUGUUUAUGUAUUCUAUUAUUUUGAUGUUUGCUAAGUACUCUAAUAGCAGCAGUACAAUAGCCAACAAUUUGAUUCAUAAUCCAUUUUCUCUCCAACAUAAUAGGCAGAAGAUCAGCUUAAUUCAUUAAAGACUGAGUUAAAAGACAAAGAAGCUCUUUUAGCACUUUAUAAAGAAAGGUACGGUAGGUGUUAUUUGUGUCACUGCCUAAAACACAGUAAACUUGCUAUUUUAUACAGCAGGAUCAUAGUGUGAAUGAGCCCAAGCUCUGUUUUAUGUUUAUAAAUUUGAGGACCCACGAACGAGCCUUUUUCAAUUUCCAUUCUGUAAUGAUGUAUGGUACCUGGUUACUAAAGUGGAAAUGUUUUAUGGUUUGAUAGCUAUAUUCUGUAAGUCCUGAAAUGUAUCAGGGGAGACUUUUUAAAGUAUCCCAAACAGAAAAGUGUUCUAAAAGUUGAGUCAUCUAUAGGCAUCCUUGAGAUCAGCAGAGACAUUCUUUCCAUUGGUCUCCAUGGAAAAUGCUCUCACUUAAGGAAUUUGCCCUAUUUUUGUCUUAGUGAGACUUUAAUAAUACUCUCCAACAAUGUCUUGAAAUGCCAAAGAAAAAAGGGAAAAUGGCCAAAAGCAAUUCACCUCAGGAGUGGAGCGUUUAGCAAAUGGAUUGGACACCUACCCUAUAUAUGGGUUAUCUGGUCUUAUCUUUACGGUAACUCGUGUGUUACAUCCAAUUCAGAUCAAUAUAUACAUAGAGGAAACAAAUAAAGAGAAAAUAAUAGUGUAAAUCCGUAUAGCUGUUUUUUUAAUCAGGAAAUAAUCUUAAGAAUUGUCCACUCACGUGCUUAAGAGCCCUGAAUAGGAUAGGCUCAAAUCUCUUCCACUUGUGUGCCGUCUGGUGGCACUUCCCCCUUUAAAUAAGUGUGACUUUCUUCCUCAUUAUAGGGAAACAAAAAGUGACACGGUAGAAAGCAAUCUGGUGUAGUAUGUAUAGAAAUAUAUUGAGAGCAAAAAACGGGGCGCAAGAGAAUACUGAGAACAGGCAGCAGCUGAAAUAGCCUGCCCUUCGGUAGGUCCCCGCUCAGAUCUCAAGCUGGUUUUAGCUCAUCUUGUGCCAUUACAGAGAGAACAUUUCUGAAGCAUAUCAGACUGGUCCCACCCAUACGGGCAGUCCAGAUCCAAAAUGCCAGCAAGUUCCCUCUGCACGAGAGAUACAGCAACCCCAGACGAUCAUUUCAGCCUUGUUAGGCAUCAUUGGUGAGGCAUAGCUGAUAUCUCUCUAGGCACCGUGAGCAAGGGGUCCACGUCUGGAUUACCCUUUAAACUUGUGGAGAGCAAAAAACGGGGAUCAAGAGAAGGGCAGGCUAUUUCAGCUGCUACCUGUUCUCAGUAUUCUCUUGCGCCCCGUUUUUUGCACUCCAUAAGUUUAAAGGGUAAUCCAGACUUGGACCCCUUGCUCAUGGUGCCUACAGAGAUAUCAACUGUGCCUCACUGAUGAUGCCUAACAAGGCUGAAACGAUCGUCUGGUUUUUAUGUAAUCUUUUAAAUAUAUAGAAAUAGUGCAUGUUGCAAUUAGGAAAAAGCUGGAAUUCUGUUUAUGUGUUAUAGCUUGUUAAUAACAGUAUUUUUUGUUUACUAUUCAUAUUACAUUUUAGUUCAUUAUCUUUUUUUAUAUGAGUGUAGUGGUUGGAUUAGUCUUUUAUUUUUUCUAUUUUUUUUUUCUGUUAACACUAAAUAUUUUAGAACCUCAAAAUUGUAACAUUAUCUAAGGUGUGUGUAUUUUCUUCUUAUCAUUGUGCAAUCUGAUUUUUGUACCAUGUGUUUAAUAGGUUUGACAUUGCUGUUAAUGAACAAGAACAGCAGGUGGCAGCCCUUACUCAAGAAGCAAGCAAUGCCUUGAGAGAAGUCAAGAAUGUCAACAGUCAAAUGGAAACUUUCCAGUAAGUUGAGAUGGCAUCAUCAUUAAUUAAAUCAUAAUAUGUAAAAAUAAUGUAUAACAACAUUCUUUGAAAGAACAUCACAUUUCAUCUAUAUAUCGAGCUAGCAGAUUUGCUUGCAAAUGUAUAGAUUGGGAGAAUAACAUAUGUAAAUAUAGGUCUUUUUCCCACAUGUCUGUUAAUUCCUCAUCAUAGACUCUAUGCCGUAAAACUUACUAAGCAAUUGUUUUGCUCUCCACACAUAGCAACCGCAGAGCAUGUUGUUGCUGCUAGCGCUGGCUGGGGCGAAUAGGAACGGAGAGACUAAAUUCACUCUGCUCAGAUGUUGGCAACUAAGCCAGCAUGUCAGAGUCACACAGGAGGUUUGCCCUGCUUGGCGAAGUGUCCCCAAGCAACGCAAAUCACAGAGGACUGUGAGAGAAGCACAGGUGGACCAAAGGUGGGUGUUAAACGAAGAACAACACCCAUGAAGCUCAGAAGUGUUGGAACAGUGGUGAGACGAGUAUAUCUCAAUAUGUUACAUUGAAUGCAUUAUAUUCUAUAUGAUACGUGAUGUAUUCAAUGUAUUAGGAACUAAUUUAAAGGGAUACUCUAAACACCAAACAACACUAUCUUACUGAAAUAGGUUUUGUUUACAGAUAAUGCCCCUGCAGUCUCACUGCACAAUUCUCUGCCAUUUAGGAGUUAAAUAACUUUUGUUCCUGUUUGUGCAGUUCUAGCCACACCUCCCCUGGCUGAGACUCACACAGCCUGCAUGUAAAAUGGUUUUAUUUUAUAAUCAGAUGUGACCGCACAGUUUAUUUACUUUAGAAGUUUAUAUAUUAUGCUCUGUUAAUUGAACUUUAAUAACACACAGAAGGCUCCUACAGAGUCUAGCAGGAUAUUAACAGAGGAGGUGAUAGGAAAUUCUAAAUUAAACAGAAUAUGCAAUAAAGGAAGUUUAAACAUUAGAUCUCUCUUCAUAGGAAAUUAAAGAGAGACUGUGUAGGUCACAUGCGGGGAGGUGUGGCUGCAUAAACAAAGUGAUUAAACUCAAAUAAAAUAGCAGAGAAUUGAGGAGCUAGGCUGCUGGUUAUCUAUACACUGAUACUGCUUCAUUAAGCUAAAGUUGUUUUGGUGCUUACAGUGUACAUUUAAGGUAAAUUAAAAAUGUGAUUACAGGUUUACUUUAAAGCUUAGUUGCUGUUUUCUAAGCACGAAGACCUUAUUCUUCGGUGCACUUCAGCAUAAAGAAUGUACAAGCAACGUAUACCCUUAAUAGAAGCGAAUUAGGGAUAACAACACGAAAAGGACUUGGGAAUUGUUAUAGACAACAAACUAUGUGCAAUGUCAAUCAGCAGUAGCUAAGGCCAGUAAGUUAUUGUCAUUCAUGAAAAAUGGCAUUCAUUCUCGGGAUGAGAAUAUCAUUUGCAUCUUUAUAAAUCACUGGUUAGACCACAUCUUGAAUAUGCUGUGCAAUUUUUGGGCACCUGUUCUAAAGAAGGAUAUUAUGGCACUAGAAAAAGUGCCGAGGCGGGCUACAAAAUUAAUAAAAGGAAUGGAACAUAUCAGCUAUGAAGAAAGGUUAACAAAUUAAAACCUCUUUAGUUUAGAAAAACGUUGCCUCAGAGGGGAUAUGAUAACAUAAUACAAAUAUAUCUGCGGCCAAUACAAACUAUUGUGUGGAAAUCUAUUCACAAACCGGACUUUACAUAGGACACCAGGUCAUGCAUUUAGACUGGAAGAAAGAAGAUUUCGUCCAAGGCAAAGGAAAGGUUUUUUUUUACUGUAAGAACAAUAAGGAUGUGGAAUUCUCUGCCUGAAGAAAUGGUUUUAUCAGAGUCAAUACAGAUGUUCAAACAGCAACUAGAUGCAUAUUUGCAAAAACAGAAUAUUCAAGGAAAUUAUUUUUUCAUGUAGGGUAAUAGCUUCUUAAUCCAAGGAUAAAUCUGACUGCCAUUCUGGGGUCAAGAAGAAUUUUUUUUUUCCUAGUUUGUAGCAAAAUUGGAAGUGCUUCAACCUGUUUUUUUAUUUUUAUAUUUUUUUGCCUUCUUUUGGAUCAACAGCAAAAAACAAAUGUGAGGAAGGCUGAACUUGAUGGACGCAAGUCUCUUUUCAGCUAUGUAACUAUGUAAUUCUGAUAAGCUUUCACUGCAGCAAAAAACAAGUCAUUCUAUUCGUGCAAACUUGUAUAAAGCAAACCGAAAAGAAAUGCCUAACAACUAAUCAUGUCUCACACAAUAUAUUAAUCUUCAUAUCUACAUUCCAUAUAUCUAUUUUUUGGGAACUGAAUCAUUACAUUCAAGUCUGGUUGUAAUUUUGUUGUAUGAUUUACUAAUCUGUUUUAAAGGGACACUAUAGUCACCUGAACAACUUCAGCUUAAUGAGGUUGUUCUGGUGAGAACUAUAGCUCCCUGCAGCCUUUCUCAUGUAAACACUGUAUUUUCAGAGAAAAUACAGUGUUUACAUUGAAAGCUAGGAACACCUCCAGUUGCAGUCACUCGGAGUGAACCAGAGGGACUUCGGAGUUGAUGGAGGCAUAAUAUACCUCCAUCCACUCAGAUCUGCUGUCAGCAGAGCACAGGGCAGCACUGUGCACAGCAUCCUGUGAUUCAGUAUCUCCUCCCUCUGCAUGCAGACACUGAACUUUCCUCAUAGAGAUCCAUUGAUUCAAUUUAUCUCUAUGAGGAGAUGCUGAUUGGCCAGUGCUGUGUUUGAAUCAUGCUGGCUCUGCCCCUGAUCUGCCUCUUUGUCAGUCUCAGCCAAUCCUAUCCAAUCCUAUGGGGAAGCACUGUGAUUGGAUCAGGUUACCACAUGUCAGCAGACUGCUUGUUUUUCUGAGUCUAACAGCAUGCAGAUUUACAGCUUCAGAGUUGAAUACAGUAAGAUUUUUACUAUUUGUAUGGAGGCAUGAGGGGCCCAGGGGGGCUAGAUGGUGGUGUUAACACUAUAGGGUCAGGAAUACAUGUUUGUGUUCCUGACCCUAUAGUGAUCCUUUAAUGUGUUUUACAAACAUGCCAUGUAAACAUUUUUAGCGCAGACUUUAAAAAGUGUGUGAUACUUUGGAUUUAAUAACUGCUUGACCCUUCCUUGGCACCAAUAACAUUAAGUAUAUAUUUCCUAUAGAUGUGGGUCAGACCCACACAAUAACCAGGAGUAAAUUUGGACCAUUCCUCUUUACAGUUUAUGUUCCACAUUAUUCUUGGCAUAUGCAGUGUGAAUUUCUUUUACAGCAUUUCAAUCCAGUUCAGGCGAUUUAUUCUGAAUGGUUAACUCCAGAAGGUGUAUUUUCUUCUGUUGAAGCCAUUCUGUUUUGUUCUAUUUACUUAUGUGCGUUAUAUCAUAGUCCUGUGGCAUCAUCUAAAUGUUGUAUUUUAUGUGUAUUUAAAUGUUAAAGUGGUGGAUAGAUGGCUUUUCAUUCUCCUGUAAAAUAUAUUGAUAAACCUGGGAAUAAAUUUUUUUUUAAAUUGAUGAUAGAGAGUUGCCCAUGCUAUCAUGCAGCAAAGAACACCCAAACACUGCACCAAUCAUUCUGUAGUGCUAAAAUUUGGAUACAGAUUUUGACAUUUUGAUGUUGGUAUGCCAUUUACUUCAUAUCCACAAGGCUUCACAUGUUUUUUCUUGGAACAAAGCAAAACAAUUCAAGUACAUUCAUGAGCUGUACAGUAUACUACAAAAUAUGCCAAAUGCUUUGCAUUUCUCAAGGAACCUAUUAAGUGGUAUACUUAUCUGGAGUAGAAGUGAAAGAUAGGAAUGUUCAAUGUGCAUGAUUUAUAUUUGCAUUUAUGAUUAUUUAUAGAUAAUUUGUAGACUGUGUUGAAAAAUGAUUGGUUGGUGGGUGUAAUGUAAUGGCUUAAUACGUUUUAUUUCUGUAUUCUAUACGAGUUUGCUCGAAUCAUAAGAAUUAAUUUCUUUCCUGAAUCAAUUUCUUUUAAAAAGAGACAUAAGUAUAAUUAUUCUUCUGUCUGUAAAUAAAAUUGUUUUUCAUCUCACCUACCGAUUUUCCUAUUGUCCAUUGCUAUAUUCAAGUAAAAAAACAAAUCAUUGCCCAUGUUCUGUAUAAAAGCACUGUGUAUCGAUGUCUUCCUAAGUGCUCCUCUGUUUAGCUGUUUACACUGGCUUCUUGAUUAAACAAAUAUCUAACGUAUCAGAAAUUCGAGACGCACGCUCCUCAUUUUGAAAUAAACCUGCAUACACAUUGUGUUCAGGCCUCCAAACUUGCAGUCUUAUGUGUACAGCCUUUAACUGUCUUAUUGACCCAAUGUACUCUGUCAUUUCAUAUGGCGGUUUUGAUUGCACACAUAUAUCUUUUCAAAUAAAGAGAGAACAUUUUAAAAAAAAAAGUUGUAUAUGGAUGGUACAAGUGGAAUUGACUGUGUACAUUUGUCUGCAUGCAUGAAGCAAGAACAUUCCUCCCAACAAUUCAUGCUGAUGUUAACACAUUUGUGGGAUGUGGCCAGGGAAUGGGUUCAUUUUAAAACCUUUUAGGAGACUUUGGAAAACCUAACUUAUGAAUCUAUUCCUUUAAGAAAUGUUAAUGUCACAGCAGUUCAGUCUUAAGUUAUAUACAUUUCAAUAAAAAGCCAAAAUGCAUGAACACAUUUUUUUUUAAAGUUAGCAGCAGAAUUAAAUUGCAACUUUUGUUUUUCUUUAAGAGAACAGGUAAAAGGCCAAUGUGUGCUGUAUGAGGAGAGAAUUGCCCAUUUGGAAUUAACAGUGUCCCAGUUACAUUCAGAGCUACAGUGCAACAAGAACAAGGUAUGGCAUAAUGAGACUUCACUUUUACAUAUACAUUUCUAUUUUACAAAAGUAUUUUUAUAUAUAUAUAAAAAUACACAGUGGGACCUCGCUUUACAAACGCCUCGGUUAACAUAAUUUUCAGUUUACAAAUGAAAAUCCAUUGAAAAUAAUGCCUCGGUUUACAAAUUUUUUUCGCAAUACAAAGCAAGUUUCCCCAGGAUGCAUUGCACCUGGGAGGUUUAUAGCACCGCCCCCUGCAUACUGGAGCCUGUGGGUAGCAAGUGGCGUCGAGUGUGGAGGUGUUGGAGCGGCUUUUGCAUCGAGUUUUGGAGCCAUUCUGGAAAUUGUUUGCAGUUGUUUUGGGACUUUUUGGUGCAUUUCUCAAGCUUUGGAAAGGUAGGGAGCUGAGCUUCAUCGUUUGCAUGCCUUUUAUUGUGUGUUCUGCAUUGUGGGUUGGUUUCCGUGCCAGCUCGUUUUGACUUUUUUCUGAGAAUGGAUUAAUUGGUUUUCAAUGCAUUCCUAUGGGAAACCGCGUUUCGGUUUACACAUUUUUUGCAAUAAGAAAUGUCCCGGAGAACGCAUUAAAUUCGUAAACCAAAGUCCCACUGUAUAUAUGUGUGUGUGUAUAUAUGUAUGUAUGUAUAUAUAUAUAUAUAUGUGUGUGUGUGUGUGUGUGUGUAUAUAUAUAUAUAUAUAUAUAUAUAUAUAUAUUCAAAAAGUCACCAGAAUACAUUCUAUAAUUAUAUAUAUAUAUAUAUAUAUAUAUAAUUAUAGAAUGUAUUCUGGUGACUUUUUGAAUCUAGAAUGAUAUUUUCUUACGCUCUUUUAGUUAGUGCUUUAAAUUUCCUUCUUUUUUUUAAUUUAAGUGGACUCUAUAGUCACCAAAACACCUUUAACUUAACAAAGCAGUUUUUGUGUGUAUAGAUCAUGCCCUAUGCAGUCUCACUGCUCAAUUUGCUGCCAUUUAGAAAAAUUAGUUAAAUCACUUUUUUUGUCUCUGUUUAUGCAGCCCUAGUCACACCUCCCCUGGCUGUUACUGACACAGCCUGCAUGGAAACAAAAUUGUUUCAUUUUCAAUGAGAUGUAACUUACUUUCAAAGUUUUUAUCUCCUGCUCUGUAAAUUGAACUUGAAUUACAUACAGGAAACUCCUGCAGGGUCUAGCAAGCUAUUAACAGAGCAGGAGAUAAUACAUUCUAAAUUAAACAGAAUUUGAAAUAAAGGACAUGUAAACAUUAGAUGACUGUUUACAGGAAGUGUUAAGGAAGUCACAUGCAGAGAUGUGUGGCUCGGUCUGCAUAAACAAAGUAAUUUAACUCAGUGGUCCCCAACACAGUCCUCAUGGACAACCAAGAGCCCAGGUUUUGUCAGUAUUUCCAUUUGAAUAAAAAAGGAAGUACAUAAAUCCUGGACUGUUGGUGGUCCAUGAGGACUGGGUUGGGGACCACUGAUGAACUCCUAUAUGGAAGAUAAUUGAGCAGGUAGACUUCAGGGGCAUGAUCUAUUUACCAAAACUGUUUCAUUAAGCUAAAGUUGUUUUGGUGACUAUAGUGUCUAUUAAAUACUUGUGCAAUUUAUUAUUAUUAUGAUAUUUAUAGAGCGCCGUCAAAUUCCACAGCGCUUUACAAUGGGUGGACGAACAGACAUGUAGUUGUAACCAGACAAGUUGGACACACAGGAACAGAGGGGUUGAGGGCCCUGCUCAAUGAGCUUACAUGCUAGAGGGAGUGGGGUAAAAUGACACAAAAAGGUAAGGAUAGUAUUAGACUAGUGACAGUUGCAGAAGAGGAAUCAGUCAGGAGCUAUUAACAGUUUAAUUGAUACGCUUUUAUGAAGAAGUGGGUUUUUCACGAUUUUUUGAAGGAGUGGAGACUGGGUGAGCAUCUAACAGAAGAGGGAAGCGAGUUCCACAGGAACAGUGCAGCCCUCGAGAAAUCUUGAAGGCGAGCAUCAGAGGUGGGAGUACGGACAGAAGAUAGACGUAAGUCUUCAGCAGAUCGUAAGGGCCUAGACGGGACAUACUUGUGUAUAAGGGAGGAUAGAUAGGUGGGAGCAGCAUUAUGUAGAGAUUUGAAAGCAAGAACCAGAAUUUUAAAUUGAGCUCUAUUAUUUUAUAGGAAGCCAAUGUAGGGACUGACAGAAAUGUGAGGCAUGGGAGGUGCGGGCGGACAGGAAGUUGAGCCUCGACGCUGCAUUCAUUAUGGACUGUAACGGCGCAAGUUGGGAGCACGUACGACCACUGAGAAGUGGAUUACAGUAGUCAAGCCGAGAAAGGACAGUGGAAUGGACCAACACCUUAGUCGCAUCUGGCGUUAAGUAGGGGCGGAUGCGCGCAAUGUUUUUGAGAUGGAAAUGACAGGAUUUGGCGAUAGAUUGAACAUGAGGCUUGAAGGAGAGGUCGGAGUCAAAGAGAACACCUAGGCAGCGUUCAAUUCAUCCUGGACAGCACUAAUGGGCUGAGAGGGGUUGCCUAACCCACCCCCUGUACUGUCAGCCAAUUACCACAGUCCAGACUGGAUAACAUUUACUGUGGUAAUCUGAAAGGAUUUAUUCCACAUUAGAAUCUUGUGGAUCUUGAAAUGCUCUUGGUUUUUUUUCAAAGCACUUUUCAGUGGUUUUACACCAAAUAGGGAUGAUGUCUCUCAAAGACUCUAGACAACCUAAGCAAGCACUACACCAAGUUGUAUUUGUUUUUUUGGUUAUGGGUUUUAUACUUCAGUUUGGUCCUUCAUUUAAAUUGGGUAGCACCUUUGUGCCCUGCAUGAUCAUUUGCACCUUCUACUUUUAAAUUUUUUCCCCUUUAUCCUACACUUUUAACAAGAGGAAGCAGCGCUUGUCUUCUGUCAACUUGACUAGGCCGAUUAUAAUAAAUUUUACUCUGUAAGCACUGUAGUUACGCACUCAUUCUUUAAAAUGUUAUAUAGUCAGCAGAAAAAUAUAAGAUGCCAAUCCCUUUCCAGCUGCAUUGUGCAGAUCAUAUCCUUAAAUAAACCACAGAAUAUCAUUACUUUACACAAGCUAGAGAAUGUUAAAAUCAUAUAUUAUUUUUUCAAAUUUGACAUUUUAUACAGUAAUUGGCCAUUUUAGCACGAAUAAUUAUAUUUGAAACAAUAUCAGUAAGUUACGUGAUACAAAACAUGCUAGAUGCCUAACUCUAAAGCCUAAUGUGUUCACAUACGUAUACACUGGAUAAUAUAUUAAAUUAACAUCCUAGUGUCAGGAUUACUAUAUGAUCCAGCACGUAGUAUUGUGUCACACAGAUGACUAAUAGGUAACGUAUUACCGGGCCUUAGAAUGGCCGGACUAACGUACCAAAGAAUAAUCAGGAUACUAGCCGAGGUCAGGGGACACAGAAAGGGACACCACGAUAAAGGAAAGCCAUAGGUCAUGCAUACCAGAAUACAGGGAAGUCAAAAUCAAUGCCAAAGUCAAAAACCAGAAGAAACUUGAAUCAGGAAUGCACUCUUGGACAACCACUAGGGAAACCACAACAGGGCAAUGAGGAAAGGUAAUUUUAGGUUUAAAUACCUUUCUGAUUGACCAAGAUCGUUCUUUGACCCCAAAAAAUGCGCACGCGGCGGUGGCAUCACGUGCACGCUGACGUCAUCAAUCACAUGAGCAAACGCGGGAGUAUAAUUAGCCGUGCAUCCGCAGCGGCAAGACGCAAGGGUUAGUCAUGCAGAUGCACGGCUGCUGACCGCAAGGGGAGGAUGAAUAUGUUACACCUAGUAUGAUACUUUUAUGAAAUUCCAUGUAACAAAUCGCACAACUUGUAUGUGUGAGUGAGUUUAAACUUGGCAUUGCUCUUGUAACAUUUUAACUGUAUUUUGUGUAUCACUUGACAACCAUUUAUUUUAAAGAAAAUUAUAUAGGUAAUAUAUUGCAUUUGUUAUGCUGUUGUAAUGAUAGUGUUAUUAAUAUUUGAUGUUGUAGGCAGAAGAUCUAAAAAGGCAGCUUGUGGCAACUGAUUCUGCCCUGACAGAGACUCACGAUAAACAUACACAGGACGUAUGGAAACAAGAUGAAAAACUCCAUCAGCUAAGGGUAUGAUUUCCAUUUCUAAUCUAAUUACUAUUUUAUUGAAGUUUUGCUUUCCAGAAUGUGAUCAUGAUAUCCUCCCCAGCCCCUCAUAUACAAUUUAAAUAUAUAUAUAUAUAUUGUUUCUUCAUUAGUUAGUUCUGUAUUUCCUGGUUUCAGAUAAUCACACAAUGUUCUGUUAUUCUACUACUAUUCUGCUAAAUUUGGAGAAUGUGGGCCUGCCUGCAUGCUGCCUCCCACAUCCUCAGAAUGUGGGGAAUGGCCUUCCUCUCCCACUUACCAUAAUAAAUACAGUUAGGAGGGAUCUAGUGGCAGCCCCAGCACAUGUGACAUACAGAGGACAAUCUGUAUGUGACAAACUACGUCAUAUUUAAAAGAGUUCCUUUUUCUCCCCCCUUCUCCCCCCCCGCCCCAUGUCUCAGCUAUUUUGCUUGGCAAUCCGAAGAAGGGCCGCCCACAGAGCUUUACUUACAAUGGGAGAGACAAGUGGGGAUGUACUCCGGAAAACAACUCCGCCUGUCUCCUCCUCUUGUGUGCAUUGCAUUGGAGAAUUUGUGUUUCCGAUCAUAAGCCUCUAGAAAAUAUGGUGAAUACUUCCUGUCACAGAGACAUAGAAACUCAUACACAUUUAUUCAUUUAUUAUUAAUAGUUCAGGUAAAAAAAUAAGAUUCCCUGUACGUGUCUGCUAUAAUACACUGCAUUUCAACCUUAUUUCAUAAAGUUUUAAUAAGGAAAGGCCAAUCUACUAAGUUAAUAAACCUUUAUUUUUCAUUCACUACAAAGAAAUCACUACAAGCUUGUGAAAAACAACUGAACUUGGAAAAAGAACAGAGGAAACAAUUGCUGGACGAAAAGAAAAUCAAUAUCCUGACCAAUGAGAAAAUCAAUAGAGAUCUAGCAGAACGCAGCAAAGAAAUAGAGAAUCUUCAUGCCAAAGUCAAUAUGCUGAAAGAAACCCAUGAGAGACAAAUGAAAGAACAGGUGAGUUGGCCUAGGGUACAUUAUAUCGCAGUGUGGGGUCAAUUCCAGAGGCGCUAACAUAACAAAUUGCCAAGACUUAAUAAUGCAAAGUGUGUUCUAGAAAAUAAAAUCGAUGUAACAAUGGGGAACCUUUUACGAUAAAACCUGGGCGAUGCUGUAAAUUGUUAAAAUGGUAGAGGGGUCCAGCCUAACAAGAGCUAAGAAUCUACCCUUACUCCUUUGUAAUUCAUCUAAUUAGCCCUCCGUGCAUAGCCUGAAAGAUAAAUCCAUUACCUGCCAAGUGUUCUAUCAGUAACAAUGCUAAUCCAACACACAGAAAGAACUACAACAAAUACUUUUAGCAAAUGUGUUGCAAAACCCCAAAUCCCAAUAAUAAAAACUGUAGAGGAACACAAAUAAUUUCUUGCUUCCAGACCCCAUGCCAAAUAAACCAAGAAUUCUGGCUACAAAAUGAGUAAUAACUGCCUAAAUCAGCAGAGUUUAGGUCGGUAGCAAGCUUUCUACAGAGUGAGUGUUGUCCCCUUAAAUCAGCUGAGUGUGGGUCCUUAGCAACCCAUGAUAAUCAGGCAGAUUGGGGUGAAUAUUCCACAUAGGAGGCAUGACCGGUUCAAAUAUUUAAAGGGAAUGCAGGGUUUAAUUACUAAGCAACACAUUUAAAACAGAGUUUAAAAAUGUUGGUAGAGUAUUUUUAAUCUAAUUGAUAAAUAGAUUAAACAUGGUUAUUUUCGUCCAAAUUUGCUUUGUGAAUUUUCAGUACACUACAAUUUAUUAAUUACAGUAAUAUUUUAAUUAUUAACUAAACACACUCCUUCUAAUUAUUAUUAGAUUGCAGUUAUAAAUGAAAAAAAUGAAGGAAUGAAAUUCACCUUAUCCCAACUGGAGUCUACAAAAGAGUUGCUGGAUAAGACUGCUCAAGACCUUCAAGCUAAAACCUUCACCUUGCAAAGUGCAGAGAAGAGCAUAGAAGACUUAAAAAUACUUUUGGAGGAGAAAGAUGCAAUGUUAAAGAAUACAAUGGGAAAACUGAAGAAGCUGCGUGCAGAAAACAAAAAAUGUGAAAUUGACAACAUUGAUUUAGAUAAAAUGCAGACAGAAAUAGAAAAGAUGAGGGUCUACAUGGCUGAAAAGGAUCACUACAUAAAAGCCUUGCAUCUCCAAAUAGAACAUCUCUUCCAAGCAGUUGGACAACAAAGUGAGAAGUUAAAUGUCUUGCAGGCGAGGAAUGCCCAGCUUCUGGAAGAAAUGAAGGCAAGUCCAUUCAAUAAUUAUUAUAUGAUAAUAACUUUUAGUACAACAAGGCUGAUAUAAUGUCAAAGCAUCUCUCAUUGUAUUAGAGCUUAUUAACCCACAAAGUAGCCCUGGUUAAAACAUGGAUAUACACUGAUCAGCCACAACAUUAAAACCACCUGCCUAAUAUAUGUAGGUCCCCUUCGUUUUGUAAAAAAACUGAGACGUGAAGGCAUGGACUCCACAAGACCUCUGAACAUGUUCUGUGGUAUCUGGCACAAAGGCAUUAGCAGCAGAUCAAUUAAGUCCUGCAAUUUGCGAGAUGGGGCCUCCAUUGAUCGGAUUUGCUAUUCCAGCACAUCCGACCGAUGCUCAAUCAGAUUGAGAUCUGGGGACUUUGGAGGCCAAGGCAACACCUUGAAUUCUUUGUCAUGUUCGUCAAACCAUUCUUGACAAAAACAAUUUCAGUGUGGCAGGGUGCAAUAUUCUGCUGAAAGAGGCCACUGCCAUCACGGAACACCAUUGUAAUGAAGGGGCCUAUGUGGUCUACAACAGUCUAUAGGUAGGUGGUAUCAAAGUAACAUGAAUGCCAGGACCCAUGGUUUCCCAGCAGAACAUUGCCAAUAGCAUAAUACUGCUUCUACUGGCCUGCCUAUUUCCCAUAUUGUAUCCUUCUGCCAUCUGUUCCCCAGGUAAAUGACACACAUGCAUCCAGCCAUCCACCUCCUCUGGUCUUGAGGGAGGAAAGACUCAUUCUGAUCUUUCCUCCCCCAAGUGUUCCUACUCUUGUGUCUGUCUCCCUCCAAGUCAAAUGUGCUACCAUCAGCUCCACCACGCAGGCUCGCUGCCUAGGUAUUCUCUUUGACUCCGACCUCUCCUUCAAGCCUCAUGUUCAGUCUAUCGCCAAAUCCUGUCGUUUCCAUCUCAAAAAUUUUGCGCGCAUCCGACUCUACUUAACGCCAGAUGCAACUAAGGUGCUGCUCCAUUCCACUGUCCUUUCUCUCCUUGACUACUGUAAUCCACUUCUCAGUGGUCUUACGUGCUCCCAACUUGCACCAUUACAGUCCAUAAUGAAUGCGGUGGCGAGGCUCAUCUUCCUGUCCGCCCACAUUUCCACGCCUCACCCUUCUGUCAGUCCCUACAUUGGCUUCCUGUAAGAUGUAGGGCUCAAUUUAAAAUUCUGGUUCUUGCUUUCAAAUCUCUACAUAAUGCUGCUCCCACCUAUAUAUCCUCCCUAAUACACAAGUAUGUCCUGUCUAGGCCCUUACGAUCUGCUGAAGACUUGCGUCUAUCUUCUGUCCGUACUCCCACCUCUGAUGCUCGCCUUCAAGACUUCUCGAAGGCUGCACCGUUCCUGUGGAACUCGUUUCCUUCCUCCAUUAGAUGCUCACCCAGUCUCCACUCCUUCAAGAAAUCAUUAAAAACCCACUUCUUCAAUUAAACUAGUAAUAGCUCCUAACUGAUUCCUCUUUUGCAACUGUCACUAAUCUAAUACUAUCCUUACCUUUUUGUGUCACUUUACCCCACUCCCUCUAGCAUGUAAGCUCAUUGAGCAGAGCCCUCAACCCCUCUGUUCCUGUGUGUCCAAAUUGUCUGGUUACAACUACAUGUCUGUUCGUCCACCCAUUGUAAAGCGCUGCGGAAUUUUAUGGCGCUAUAUAAAUAACAUCAUAAUAAUAAUAAUCCACCUGAUCUAAAAGAAAAUGUGAUUCAUCAGACCAGAAAACCUUCUUCCAUUGCUCCAUGAUCCAGUUCUGAUGCUCACUUCCCCAUUGAGGGUGCUUUCAGCAGUGGACAGGGGUCAUCAUGGACACUCUGAAUGAUUGCGGAUGGCUGAUAUCCAGUCCUAAAUGCUUCAAAUCUGGGCCCGGAUGUUCACUUACUGCCUAAUAAAUCCCACCCCUUGGCAGGUGCCAUUGUAACAAUAUAAUCAAUGUUAUUCACUUCACCUAUCAGUGGUUUUCAUAUUGUGGCUGAUCAGUGUAUAGUACAUAAGUAGACACAGACCGGUAAAUAGUAGGGAUAAUGACAAUUCAAAGCAUGUUAUUAUUUCUUCAAACUAAACACAUUUUACAGAAAUAGAAUAACUACUUAAAGGAUGCUACAAAUGAGUGGCUCAUUCCAUUGUUGAAUUAACUUCUACCCAGAUGUCACUAUUCACAUAAAAGGCUGUCCCUAACGUAAGUGGCUAAUGGCAGUCACCAUGAUAGAACUUGUAAUGUUAAAAAAUUGCUAAUUAGUAUCCAACAAAACAUACAAAUGGGGUUUCAGCUUUUCCUAAAUAAAAAUAUACACAAUAGUGAAGUAUUGUAACACUGUGUAUUAUUGCAUGGUUAUUAAUUGCACUCCCAAGAAUUUAGGAGUUAUAAUGCCAUGAAGCUGCUCUGAGAUAUCCCAGGAGGCUGUCCGUAUGACUCCUCCUCUAGAGAUCUCCAUAGGAAUACUCAGGCAACACCAGUGCAGGUUAAAAAUAAAUGUAUUUUAACAUAUUAAAAGCAAGUACAGGCCCUAAGCGUUUCAUCCAGUUGCCUUGGACUUUCUCAGCGAUCACUUGCAGGAAGUAAUAAUUAAAAACAAAUAAAUGCCACAGACAAAAGUGCAUACCAAACCCCUCCCCCUGGUGUCCAUAUAAAACAUUUUAUUGGUCCAUGUCUCUUGAUCCUCCUUCCUGUGUUGGUUCUGUAUGCAUUUCACGGUGCGUUUCAGACACACUGUCUGUCUGUCUUUCAAGCACUUGAUAUCUAAAAGUAUUUAAAAAAAAAAAAAAAAAAAUAUAUAUAUAUAUAUAUAUAUAUAUAUAUAUAUAUAUAUAUAUAUAUAUAUAUAUAUAUAUAUAUAUAUAUAUAUGUAUGUAGUGAUAUAUUUCAAAAUUAAACAUUGUUUUAAUUUAAUCCUAGGAUAGGCGAUAAUCAAAACAUAUAUUACAAAGUUACAUUGUAACAAAUUCAAUACGCAAACUUGCCAGUGUUAUUAUACUCCCUUUAGGGCUCAUAAUGUAUUCCUCUAUCCAUAUAUAAAUAUUGAUGGUAGGUAGAAUCUCUAUGAGUUUUCACAAGUUUAUCCAUACAGAAAUCAGGAAGUAUAUUGAACCAAUUUAUCGGUGGCAUUUUAUUUAACAGGAUGCAAUCUCAUUUGUAUUUUACUUGAUUUAUCCUCCAAUACAAAUUGACGCACUAUGGGAUAACCCCUAACCUGAGCGACAUCGGGGCAUUAUAACCCCUAAAAUCUUGUGAGUGCAGUUGAUAACCAUGCAAUAUUACACAGUGUUACAAUACUUCACUAUUGUAUAGAUUUAUAUUUGUGUUUGAUCCUAACAUUCCAGACCCAUUGAAACCUCUUAAUAGAUCCUAAGAUCCUGUGGGACAUUUCCUUAUAAUUACACAUAGGUUAACAUAGAUGUGUCUAUUUUCAUUAAACAUUUGAUUACUUUAGUCAAUGGCAGAAAAGAAUAAUUCAAGAAUUUGUGAGUUGGAGUUAGAGAAAACCGAACUGUCAAAUGCAACUAUCGAGCUAAGAACAGAAAGAGAUCGAUUAAUGUCGGAGCUUAAAGACGCUCGCCAUAACUAUGGGAAUUUGGAAGGUAAAGUACAGUGCCCGCAAUAUCUGCCAAAUUACUUGUAAAUAAAAUCUGUAAGAACCAUGUUUUAAAGAGGAAUGGUCAUGCAUCCAUAUUUGAUGUUUUAUAAUGUAAAUUGUCAGUUAACCCUAUUGAUGUUUAUGGUUUAGUCAAAUAGCAACUAACAGUGUGUGAAUAUAUAUUUAUAUAUAUUUAUAUAUAUAUAUAUAUAUAUAUAUAUAUAUAUGUAUGUAUGUAUGUAUAUGCCAUUGUUCAAUAUGUAUGAAGCUAUUUUAAACUCAUAUCAUUAAAAUGUGCACACCUGUUUGCAUCUCAGGGUCUGAAUGAGCCUGAAAUAGGUCAGUUUCAGAUGGAACCGAAUGAUUGCGGAUUGCUGAAAUGCUUCAAAACCGUGCCCUGAUGCUUCCAAUACAGAUCCAAAAAAAUCAAGCUAUUUAAAUAACCCUCUGCUUUGCAAGGCAAUUAGCCAUGUGGUGGCUGGCCAGUGCUUGCUAGCCAGCCACCACAUUAAAAUAUAAAUAAAGUCGGGUUCAAUAUUACCGCCAUAUUACUUAAGUGAGGUUUUAAACCCUCCUAUGUCCCCACCUGAUACAUGGCAGGUGGGGGCCAUAGCUACUAAUUAUUUAAAACAAGCAACUGGGCAGCCUUUUAUGCCCAGUCAUGAGACAUACCACAUCUCAUGGACAUAGGUAUGGGCAUUGGGUGGGGGACUUUAAUUAAAUAAUGUCGUCUUCCCCCGGCCAUACCCAUGGUCAGUAUGUGUGGGCUUUGUAUUAAAUGGGGGAUGACUAGUGUCCCACAGCCCACACCCAUUGGCAGUGGAUAGGGACCCUAAAAAAAAAUCAUACACCACAACAUUCACCCAUGGGCAGCAAGUGGGGGCUCUAAAUAAUUAUACAAGGAGGAGGGCGGGAAAGGCCAUUAUCCCCCUCAAUUAGUAUUAUGGUCAGGCCCCUAAAUAACCCUACCUAUCCACCUCAUGAGAAAUAAUUGUGAGGGGACCAGGAUACUAAUGUCUGUAAAAUAAAAAUUAUACAUAGUUACCUUAAGAAGUCUUUAUUCUUAAAAAUCUUCUUUUAUUCAGCCCCCAAUAAAUCUCACUAAGAGUGAGAUUUGGUGGUGCUGGAGGGGGACUAGAAGAAUCCAUAUAAGGAGCAAGCUUGGGUGGAGAGAAGGUGUGAAUGUUGUAAAGAAGGAGAAGAAUGCAUUGUAUGGGAUGUAUGUGGUACAUUAAAUGACAAAAGAGUUUUGGAAAACAGGCAGGCAACAGAGGAAUUAAAAAAAUAAUAAAGUGGAGAACAUUUUAGAAUAGGGACAGAGGAAAAGAUAGUGAUUGGGGUUAGAGGCAGUGAAGCAUGCCAGAUAAAAUUAGAAAAUAUGAAAUGGGUGUGUGAGGGAAAGUGUGCAAAAGAGGUUAAUGCGAGGAGACCAAAGAGUAUGUGAAUUGAAAUUUGAUAUAAAGAUUUAGGACUGAGACCAAUACCAGCUACUAAUAGAAUGUGGUGGCAGAUAAGAACCAUUCGGCCCAUCUAGUCUGCCCAAUUUUCUAAAUACUUUCAUUAGUCCCUGGCCUUAUCUUAUAGUUAGGAUAGCCUUAUGCCUAUCCCACGCAUGCUUAAACUCCUUUACUGUGUUAACCUCUACCACUUCAGCUGGAAGGCUAUUGCAUGCAUCCACUACCCUCUCAGUAAAGUAAUACUUCCUGAUAUUAUUUUUAAACCUUUGUCCCUCUAAUUUAAGACUAUGUCCUCUUGUUGUGGUAGUUUUUCUUCUUUUAAAUAUAGUCUCCUCCUUUACUGUGUUGAUUCCCUUUAUGUAUUUAAAUGUUUCUAUCAUAUCCCCCCUGUCUCGUCUUUCCUCCAAGCUAUACAUGUUAAGAUCCUUUAACCUUUCCUGGUAAGUUUUAUCCUGCAAUCCAUGAACCAGUUUAGUAGCCCUUCUUUGAACUCUCUCUAAAGUAUCAAUAUCCUUUCCUCAGAUGUUGAGGUUAGGACUCUAUCAAAUAUUCUGUACGCUGCCCUUGGGUUUUUACAUCCAAGAUGCAUUAUCUUGCACUUAUCCACAUUAAAUGUCAGUUGCCACAACUCUGACCAUUUUUCUAGUUUACAUAAAUCAUUUGGCUUAUCCCUCCUGGAACAUCAACCCUGUUACAUAUCUUAGUAUCAUCAGCAAAAAGACAUACCUUACCAUCAAGACCUUCUGCAAUAUCACUAAUAAAAAUAUUAAAGAGAAUGGGUCCAAGUACAGACCCCUGAGGUACCCCACUGGUGACAAGCCCAAGCUUGGAAUAUACUCCAUUGACUACAACCCUGUGUUGCCUGUCACUCAGCCACUGCCUUACCCAUUCAACAAUAUUGGAAUCCAAACUUAAAGAUUGCAGUUUAUUGAUAAGUCUUUUAUGUGCAACAGUGUCAAAAGCCUUACUGAAAUCUAGGUAAGCAAUGUCUACUGCAUCACCCUGAUUUAUAAUUUUAGUUACCCAAUCAAAAAAAUCAACAAGAUUAGUUUGGCAUGAUCUCCCUGAAGUAACAUGGGUUUUCUCUGAUCUUGAAAUCCAUGUGUUUUUAGAUGUUCAACAAUCCUAUCAUUUAACAUGGUUUCCAUUACUUUCCCCACUACUGAAGUAAGACUUACUGGCCUAUAGUUGCCCGACUCCUCCCCAUUACCUUUCUUGUGAAUGGACACAACAUUCGCUAACUUACAAUCUUCUGGGACUACUCCUGUUAACAAUGAUUGGUUAAAUAAAUCUGUUAAUGGUUUUGCUAGUACACCACUAAGCUCUUUUAAUAGCUUUGGGUGUAUUCCAUCAGGUCCUAUUGACUUAUUUGUCUUUACUUUUGACAGUUGAAAUAGAACCUCUUCCUCUGUAAACUCACGUGUAAUAAAUGACUCAUUUAUCCUUUUUCUUAACUGAGGUCCCUUUCCUUCAUUUUCAUCUGUAAAUACUUAACAAAAAUAUUAAUUGAGGCAGUCAGCUAGACCUUUAACCUCUUCUACAUACCUUCCUUCUUUUGUUUUUAAUCUAACUAAUCCUUGUUUUACUUUUCUUUACUCAUUUAUGUAUCUAAAAAAAGUUUUGUCCCCCUUAUUUACUGACUGUGCUAUUUUCUCUUCUGUGUGUGAUUUGGAAGCUCUUAUAACUUGCUUAGCCUCUUUCUGCCUAAUGUUAUAGAUCAUUCUGUCUUCCUCACUCUGUUUUUUUUUAUAAUUACUAAAUGCUAACUUUUUGUUUUUUACUAUUUUGGCCACAUCUGCGGAGUACCAUAGUGGUUUCUUGAAUGUUUUGCUUUUAUUGACAAGCCUAAUGCAAUUUUCUGUUGCCUUCGGUAGUGCGACUUUUAAAUAAUCCCAUUUCUCUUGGACUCCAUUUAUAUUGCUCCAGUCUGAUAAUGACUCCUUUACACAUAUUCUAAUUUUAUAAAAGUCUGUUUUUCUAAAGUCUAAAACUUUUGUUUUUGUGUGGUGUGACUCUGUCACUGUUCUUAUAUUAAACCACACUGACUGAUGAUCACUGGAUCCUAAACUUUCACCUACAGUAAUAUCUGAUACCAAAUCUCUAUUUGUUAAAAGACCACUAUAGUGCCAGGAAAACAUACUCGUUUUCCUGGCACUAAAGGGGAAAGGGGUAAAAACUUACCUUUUUCCAGCGCUGGGUGGGAAACUCUCCUCUUCCGAUCCUCCUCCUCUCUGCCCAUUCAGCUGAAUGCGCACGCCCGGCAAGAGCUGCACGCGCAUUCAGCCGGUCGCAUACAGCCGGUCGCUUUCCUAUGGACGCUUGCGUGCUCUCACUGUGAAUUUUACAGUGAGAAGCACGCAAGCGCCUCUAGCGGCUGUCAAUGAGACAGCCGCUAGAGGCUUUGGAGGAAGGAUUAACCCAUUUAUAAACAUAGCAGUUUCUCUGAAACUGCUAUGCUUAUAAAAAAAAUGGGUUAAUCCUAGCUGGACCUGGCACCCAGACCACUUCAUUAAGCUGAAGUGGUCUGGGUGCCUAGAGUGGUCCUUUAACACUAAAUCUAGUAUGGCCACUUUACAAGUUGGCUCCUCAACGACUUGUUUUAGAGACAAUCCCAGUAGGGAGUUUAGAAUAUGUGUGCUCCUGGCACAAGCAGCUAUUUUUGUUUUCCAAUUCACAUCAGGAAGAUUAAAGUCACCCAUGAUGAUAACUUCCCACUUCAUUGUCAUUUUAGCUAUUUCCUCAACUAGUAGAUUAUCUGACUCUUCAAUUUGUCCUGGGUGCCUAUAAAUUACACCUACACGAGUUACUGUGUGAUUACCAAAUUCUAACGUAACCCCAAACGGACUCUGUUUGCCUCACUAACUUUUCUUAGGCUAGAUUUUAUGAUAUCCUUCACAUACAGGGCCACCCCUCCCCCUUUCUUGCCUUCCCUGUCUUUUCUAUAUAAAGAGUACCCUGGUAUUGCUAUGUCCCAGUCAUUUUUCUCAUUAUACCAUGUCUCAUUAACAGAGACUAAAUCUACAUUAUCAGUUGCCAUUAUUGCCACAAGUUCAUGGAUCUUAUUCCCUAAACUGCGAGCAUUUGUAGACAUGACUCUAAGCUUAUCAUUUUUUUUUUUAACACACUUGCUACAGGCACCUUCUGCCUUGUUUUGGGGGACAAUUGGAUUUAUGUUUUAUCACCCUUUUGCCCCCACCCCCCUCCUAGUUUAAAUACAUCCUUGCAAAACCUCUGAACUGCUCACUGAGAACAUUUGUUCCCUUUUGAGAAAGAUGCAAACCAUCUUUUUUGUACACUUUAUUUCCAUUCCAAACAGAGCUAGCAUGAGAAAUAAAGCCAAAUCCUUGCUCCCGACGCCAUUCACCAAGCCACAAGUCCCUAAUACGCAUCCGCCUGUCGUUCUGAGUGUUAUGCACAGGCAGAUUUUAAGAGAAUGACAGUGUGGAAGUAACCUGCCGUAUAUCAUUGGCAAAAACACUAGAAACUUCCUUAACCUAUGAAACCUCAUUGCAAGCCAAGUCAUUUGUCCCUAGAAGUACAUCCAAUUCCCCUUCCUGCUUUGCUCGCUUAACAAUAUUACAGAUACGUCUCCUGUCUCUGUGAGCAGUAGCUCCGUGACGACACCUCACAAGACCACCAUUGUCCAUCUCCACACCUCUUAUGAUGGAAUCCCCCAAAACAACUGCUUUCUAUUAGGCCAUACCAUAGUCUCCAAGCCUGUCUCCACAGCACCACUAGCCUCAGUGCCUGAGCCUGUCUCCACAACACCACUAGCCUCAGUGCCUGAGCCUGUCUCCACAACACCACUAGCCUCAGUGCCUGAGCCUGUCUCCACAACACCACUAACCUCAGUGCCUGAGCCUGUCUCCACAACACCACUAGCCUCAGUGCCUGAGCCUGUCUCCACAACACCACUAGCCUCAGUGCCUGAGCCUGUCUCCACAACACCACUAGCCUCUGUGCCUGAGCCUGUCUCCACAACACCACUAGCCUCAGUGCCUCUCUCCACAACACCACUACCCUCCGUGCCUGUCUCUAUAACACCAUUACACUCUGAAAGUGCAGAAAAUGAAUUAUGUAGAGCAACAGACUGUGCAAUAUGCCUUUUAUCCACAACUCUAAGUCUACCAGAUCCUACAGUAAUCCAUCUGCCAUUCCUAGUAUGUCUCUGUGGCAGUGGCUUUGCAGCAGUUCCAACCUGAGUUUGUUUACCAGAUAAUUUAUAAAUCUCAGACUUCAAAAAUACAAUCUCCUGCCGCAAGAUAGAGAACUGUCUACAGAUUAGACAACAACCAAACCUCCAAAAAGUGGAACGUGAAACAAAUGCAUAGCAACUAUUACACUGAACUAAGUCUGCCAUUCCAAUGAGGUGAAUAAUUUAAAUCAAACGAAUCUUAACUUUUCAUUUAUCCUCCUGAAUACCUCAGAUUACCUCGAGGUUAUCUCCAACCACACACUUAGAAGCAUCACUAAUAAUCUAAUAAUCACCUGUUUGAAACUGUGUCUAUAUAUGUAAACAAGUCCAUGGGUGUGGAAAGGGAGGAGGGAUCUUUCACUGCUCUUGUUAGGAUCGUUUGGCCCAACAAUCUAUAUAUUCUGAAUUAUGAUAUGCGUUAUGCUAACAAACCAUUAAUAAACAUUUUAUAUUACAUUUGCCUUCUUUUAUGUCCUUGUGUAUAAAAUGAAUGGUUAAACUUGCAUUUAAUUCCCAACAUUUCAUAUAUAAUAAAUAACUUUAUAUAUAAUGUGUGUGUGUGUGUGUGUGUGUGUGUGUGUUUUGGUAAAUAUGUAUAUAUGUAAUUUAUUGGAAAACAUUUUUUAUUUACCAUUGGAAUAGGAUAAGCCACUGUGGUAAGAAACUAAACCCAUGCACCAUAAUUAUCACAAAUGUAUUGUUGCCCUUAGACAAGUUUUUGACACAUUUUAUGGUUUCCUUGGUUGUGAAAUCAAUAGUAAACAUCACACAAGGCUCUUGUUCCAUAUGCCAUUGAGCAUAGGGCGAAUGCUGCAUUAAUAAACUGGAACAUCAAGACAAUUGAAAAUGAGUUCUCUACUUUUCUUGUUUUGUACCAAUUGUAUACUCUAUUUGUGUUACCAGUGACCCAUGCUCUCACUUUAUCUAUCUUUCUAGGCAAUUUUUCUGCUGCAAAUAUUAACUAUAAUUAUCUCCUUUCUAAAUAUCACUGUUUUUACAGCUGAUUAUGCAGUGGUAAAAAAGAAUUACCAAGUUAAAAAUGAGGAGUUGGUGGGCACGAGUGCAUCUCUUAAAACACAACUUCAUACUGUGCUUACUGAACUGGAACAAACAAAAAGCAUUUUAAGGAUCAUAGAAGGCUGUGAUGGACAUGGUAAGCACUUGAACUGUACAAUGGACCCUUUCUUUCUUAAUAACAUGAACACUUGGCUGUAUUGGUUGUCCAUUGGCUUCCCGGGACAUUCUAUGACGCCUGAAGGCCACCCCCCAGCCACACUGACCUGUGGAAUUAUCACUUCCACUUUAGAUGAAAUUUACAGAAUGAGAAUAUGAACUUAUUAAUUCCACAUUAUUAAUGCAUCUCAGUAGGAGGUGAUCUCUGUGUGCAGUUGUUCUGUUACAAGAAAAUAACACUUCUUGGACAAUUUAUAAAAAUACAUUUUUAAAUAUUUAUAAUAUUGAUUAGAUAUGUUUUAAACAUGUCCCCUUUCUUCAAAAUACAUGGCCAAAUAUAUAUUUAUAUUUUGUUAACAUGUUCCUGGUCAACCCUAUACAACUUGAUAGCACAGUAUACGUGAGUGCUAGGUGUAAUAUUAAUUAAUUACAGCUAUCGUCGGUUCACAGUAACUCAAUCUGAUUUCCAGCAGAAUGAUUAAAUAUGAUUUUGAUUCCUUUAUGUUUUGUUUAGUGUAUGCAGACACUAAAGUAUGCUUUAAAGUAUGUUGAAACAAGACCUAUUUUAAUCAUUGAGUCAUUUUAGUAGUGCCUUUUAAAAUUAUUAUUAUUAUAAUUUUACAGCUGUUAAAGUAGCAUUGAGAAUGCAAAAGAAAAUGACAGCAAAAAGAGAGAAGAUAGACACUCUGCAAAGCAGGAUUCAGUUCCUGGAGGAAGCUCUCUCCCGUGCCAAUAAGGUAAAAAAAAAAAAAAAGCAGGAUUUUAUGAUUUCCUUUUUAAAGCACUCAUCUUAAUAGCUUAUUAUAAAAGAUUUUUAAAAUGUUCUGCUUCUUGAACAUUAAUAUUGUACAGGGUUACUUACUAAAGUGAGAAUUCAAAGUGAAUUCAAAAUUAAUUUUCAAAUUUCAGGCCAUAAUAGCUGAGCUGAAAGCAUAACUGUGUUAGAGAAUUUAUCCAUUUCAGCAUGUCUGUAUAGGCUGACCCAAAUCUUCAUAGCGUGUCUAUAUAGGCUGAACAAAAUUCUUAAGGUCACCUUAAGCUUACAAUUCACUUUGAAUUCACCUUGAUUUCUCACUUUAGUGAAUAACCCAUUGACUUAGGGUCACCCGAUGGUAAAGUGUCUUCAGGGGCCCGGUCGUGCACUGCGGCCCUUUAACAGCGCAUUCCGGCCCUUUAAUAAUGAGGAAGUCAAAGACAGUCACUUCCUCCCAGAGAACACCCAGAUAAAACUUCACUAGACCCUAGAUUGGUUGUAAAAUGUAAGCAGAGUUAGGGUGGCACCUUUCAGAUUUUGACUUUUUGUGUAGCAAAAAAGAUUCUAUAAUAUAAUUUAUAAAAAAAAAAAGGAAAAAAAAAAAGAAAAGGGUGAGGAAGGGUGGGAAAAUAUUCAGAUGGGAGAACCAAUCCGCUUUUAGAUUCAACUCUCCUGGAAGGCAUUCUGCUCUCAAAGUAAUAUUGCGAGCGAGACAAAAGUCGUAUACCUCCACAGGUUGGCUGGCUCCAUUACUAUAUGUGGAUGUGGACUGAAGAUGGCAUGUAGAAGACACCAUUGCAGUUCUGACAAAAAUAUAUCCUCCGUCAGAGGGACCAAAUGA